AUGGCGUCCGACGUGCAACAACCGGCGGUCGACGCAGCAGGCACUCGUGACGAGCAACAGAACGGACUCACCACGCAAACCAAAGUUGGAGACGAUGGCCGCGUCAACCUCACCAUCCAUGAAAUCAGUGAACUCCUCGCAACCCAGAUCGAGCAACUCCAGCUCUCGCGCGUCCAAGAGGGCCUCGCUGCGCCUCCACAGACGGCACAUGCCCUCUUAGAGUCGAGUCGAAGACCUUCCAAAAUCCCUCCGUCUCUCAAUGUCGUCGUCCAGGUCGUCGGGUCGCGAGGCGACGUUCAACCCUUCGUCGCACUGGGGCUGGUGCUGAAGAACCAGUACGGCCACCGCGUCCGUCUCGCGACGCACGGGACGUUCGAGAAAUUCGUUGAGGAAAACGGUCUCGAGUUCUUCGAUAUCGGCGGGGACCCGGCGGAACUCAUGGCCUUCAUGGUCAAGAACCCCGGCUUGAUCCCGGGGAUGAAAUCCCUCAAGGCGGGCGACGUGGGGAAGAGACGCAGAGGCAUGGCUGAGAUUCUGGAAGGAUGCUGGAGGUCGUGCGCCGAUUUCGACGAGGUGAAAGACGAGGGAAAUGCAGCGGGAGCAGCGGCGCCGAAAAAGAAACCGUUCGUCGCGCACGCCAUCAUCGCGAACCCCCCUAGUUUUGCACAUAUCCAUUGCGCCGAGAAGUUGGGCAUCCCGUUACAUUUGAUGUUCACGAUGCCCUGGUCGCCGACUCGCGAGUUUCCCCAACCUAUCGCGAACAUCAAGUCGUCAAAGGCGAGCGGAAGCAUGACCAAUGAAAUGAGCUAUACGCUGGUCGACAUGAUGACCUGGGAAGGCCUGGGCGACAUCACAAACAAAUUCAGAAAGGAGACGCUGGGUCUGCACAUCCUCUCCCAGGCGGCGGCAACGGAUAUGCUUCAUCGUCUACGAAUCCCUUAUACCUAUUGCUGGUCUCCGACACUUAUUCCAAAGCCCAAGGACUGGGGCCCUCACAUUACCAUUGCAGGCUUUUACUUUCUCUCGCUGGCGUCAAACUACCAUCCAGAUCCCACUCUUGCCGAGUUCCUUGCAGCAGGUCCACCGCCUGUUUACAUUGGCUUCGGCUCCAUCGUCGUAGACGAUCCCAACGCAAUGACGAAACUCAUCUUCGAUGCGGUCAAAAAGACCGGGCAACGCGCUUUGGUGUCCAAGGGAUGGGGUGGUCUCGGAGGAGACGAUCUGGGAAAACCUGACAACGUGUAUAUGCUGGGCAAUGUACCACAUGAUUGGCUGUUCCGACACGUUUCCUGUGUGGUGCAUCACGGUGGUGCUGGUACAACUGCUGCUGGAAUCGCCCUGGGUCGCCCAACGGUCAUCGUCCCCUUCUUUGGCGACCAGCCAUUCUGGGGAGCCAUGGUUGCCAGAGCCGGGGCGGGACCAACGCCGGUUCCGUCCAAAGAACUGACGGCAGAUCGACUGGCGAAUGCCAUCCUCGAGGCGCUGAAACCCGAAACUCUAGAGCGGGCACGCGAACUGGGCGAGCGCAUCAAAGAAGAAAAGGGCACCGAAGUCGGCGCAGCGAGUUUCCAUACCCAAAUGGGUGUCAACCACCUUCGGUGUCAGAUGGCCCCGUCACGGCCGGCCGUUUGGUCCGUCAAGACCAAAGGGUCCAACACGGAAGAUAUCAGAUUAAGCGCUUUUGCAGCCACGGUGCUAGGCAAUGAAGGUUUACUGGACGUGAACCAGCUCACGAUCUACCGCCCUUGCGAAUACCCCGUCGAAUUCGGCACCAUCAGUUCUCAUGUCGUCGGACCCAAUCCGGUGCUGAGUACCAUGGGCUCCAUCACGUCGUCAAUUGUGCAUAUUCCCAUCAACAUUGCGAAGGCUUGGGCAGGCGUGGUCUACGAACCCUACAAGGGCGCCAGAUCCGACGGCUGGAAAGGGUUUGGAAAAGGCCUAGGACGGGGCAUUGGGCAUUUGAUUUUCCGUCAGCGGGGACUGGUGAUUGGUCACGCUGCUUACGGAGUCAGGGCCUUGUACGACCUGAUCAAGAAGAAAUUAGACGGAGAUCCAACCUUGAGUUACAUCCUCGCCACGAGGUAUAUCGAGGGGUUUGAGGAGGUGAACAAGGCGACGAAGGAGGAGAAGCUCGAGGUGGUCACGAGGUGGAACGAGAUGAAGCCCGAGCUGAAGAUGAUCGACUCGAGGACCAGUAUUGGUAGCGGUCACUCGGACAAGGCGGAGAGCGAGUCAAUCUUGUCCAGGCUAACGAGCCAUGGAAGUACAAAGAGUGGGAAGAGCGGGACAAGUGGAAAGAGUCAGAAAAACGACAAGAGUUUCGUGACUGAGACGAUCAGCGAGGCAAGCAGCACUCUGGAUUCGAGUGUGCCUGCUAUGACCAAGUGCGGCGCGAAUGAAGCACGGGCCAGUGCUUGA